AUGGGAAUCCUGGAAGAAAUACAGCGCCAGUUUUGCAGCUCUUGCGCCUGGCGUUUGCGAAGCGUACAAGCAUUCGCGAUCGAAUGCCCUCCGCCAUCUCCAUCAUGGUAUGCGUUAAUCCAAAGCUUGCUCACGAGGAACGAUGAGAAUCCUGGAAGAAAUACAGCGACAGUUUUGCAGCUCCUGCGCCUGGCGUUGCUUGUGGAGCGUACAAGCAUUCGCCAGGAAAUGGUGGAGACCACUCCAAGUUUGGAUGGAGAGGCUAUUCUGUUCCUGGCACUCUUGUCUCCAGCAAAAAAUCUCGCCAAGCUGAGGACGAUUCCAAGUACGGCUGACGGACCCUUCGAUCCAGUGACUGUUGCUCUCGACGAGCGCCUCCCAAUCGGGAGCGAUGAUCUGCCCAACAAUGAUCCUCGCCUCGCCAAGAUCGUUCCAGGAUUCCACCCCGAGCAAAUCGCUUUGGCGCAAGGGACGGACUCCAGCUCCAUGUUUGUGUCAUGGAUCACAGGAGAGUUUCAAGUCGGACAGGACGUGACGCCGCUCAAUCCUUCGCUCAUCAAGAGCGUCGUUGAGUAUGGAAUCUUCAAGCUAGACCACUUUGCUGUUGGCAAAGCUUCGGUCUAUAGCCAGCUCUAUCCUUACAAGGGACUCAACAAUUAUACAUCAGGAAUCAUCCAUCAUGUCAAAUUGCAAGGAUUAAAGUCCAGCACGACGUACUACUACCGAUGUGGAGAUCCUUUUGCCAAAGCCAUGAGUCCUGUUUACUCGUUCACAACACUGCCUGCGAAAGGACCAUACUUUUACCCCAAGCGCAUCGCGAUUGUUGGUGAUCUGGGCCUUACGUACAACACAACCUCGACCAUUUGUCACCUCCAGAGAAACAAGCCCGACUUGAAUGUGUUCUUGGGCGAUUUGAGCUACGCCAAUCUUUACGUCACAAACGGGACAGGAUCUUCGUGCUACAAGUGCGCGUUCCCGGAGACGCCGAUUCACGAGACGUAUCAACCUCGGUGGGACUACUGGGGAAGAUAUCUCCAAAGUCUGAGAUCCAAAGUUCCAACCAUGGUGAUCGAGGGCAAUCACGAAUACGAGCUCCAAGCCCAAAACAACACCUUUGUCGCCUACAACGCACGCUUCGCGGUUCCAUACCGCGAAAGCGGCUCGCCCACAAAGAUGUACUACUCGUUCAAUGCCGGAGGAGCGCAUUUUAUCAUGCUGGGAGGCUACAUCGACUACAGCAAUUCAAGUCAACAGUAUGCGUGGCUCGAGAAGGACCUCAUGAGCGUUGACCGGGAGGAAACGCCAUGGCUUAUUGUAGCGUUCCAUCAACCUUGGUACAACAGUUACAAAUCCCACUACCGGGAAGCCGAGUGUAUGAGGCAGUCAAUGGAGGAUCUCUUGUACAAAUUUGGAGUUGACAUUGUGUUCUCUGGGCAUGUUCACGCCUACGAGCGCAUGAAUCUCGUCUACAACUACGAGUAUGACCGGUGCGCGCCGCUGUUCAUCACGGUCGGCGAUGGCGGCAACAGGGAAGGCAUGGCGAUCAAGCACGCUGACGAUCCGGGGGCUUGUCCCAAGCCCGAGUCAACGCCGGAUCCCGUUGGAGUCCCGUAUGAGUACUGUGGAUUCAACUUCACAUCUGGUCCGGCAGCUGGAAAGUUUUGCUGGGACAGACAACCGGAUUGGAGUGCGUUCCGGGACAGCAGCUUCGGCCAUGGAAUCCUCGAGAUCGAGAGCCCAACUCGAGCACUCUGGACUUGGCAUAGGAAUCAAGACACUUAUCUCAGCGAGAACCACGUUGGAGAUCAGAUAUACAUUGUGAGGCGGCCGGAAGUCUGUCCGAAUCGCAAAAGCCAUGAUAUCCUUGCUGUGUAGCCUCGAAUUCCAAACAAAGAAACGAGGCGCCCGGUCGCUUUGCCAGGCCUUUUCUUCUCA